CUUCAAUUUGAUGCUGUGCUAUGCUACUGAUUAGCAAUGCCUUACACUCUCCUAAUCCUGAUGUUCAUGUGGAGCGCAGAACUUAUACCGCUCGUCGCUCACUCAUUCCGUUUCUGACCUUUACGUCAUCGACGAACGCUGUCGCACAGCGCGUUCACUUACCUCGACCUCUUUGUUGAAUAAGCUCACUACACCUCCCGUACACCCUUUCGUACACUUCUCUGUGUUUAUUCUCCUCAACACUACUUCUUCAGUAACAUAGGAAAGCUACUCCACCAGUCUCAACAUGCAGUCUUUCCGAGUUGCCCUUAUGCUGUUGACCCUGCCGACAGUCCUUGCCGCUGCUGCAGUUGGUUGCUCGCUUGGUGCUAACAAGUGCGACGACACGAACACUCUGGCCUUACUCUGCGACAGUCACGGCUGGAAGGUCAUUGAGACCUGCUACACAGCGGGUGCCUGCCAUGUCGGUCCUGCGGGCAACGUAUUCUGCGACAAGCCGAUCGAAUGCACUCCUGCAACAUCCCAGUGCGACGCUUCCAACUACGUCUCCAUGGUCUGCAACCAACACGGCUUCUGGGACGUUGCCCGCAAGUGCGCCAAGCCUGGCUGCUGCGAGGUUCAGAAUGGCAAGGCUGGUUGCAAGGCCGCAUGUGGUAUUGGCCUGAAGCCACCGAGCGUCCGCUCUGCUUUCACAGAUGAUGCGAAGCUUGGAGCGUACUGCAGCGUCGUCGGUGAGCGCUACUGCGAUGCCAAUCACGACUGUAUCUUCAAGUGCAGCAGCAAUCACGCCUUACUCAAAGAAUAUUGUUGCACUGGCAGGAAGUGCUAUUACAAUAACGCCUCGCUCGAACCUUACUGUGCUUGAGUGGCCCAGCAUUGUCAUGAGAAUCUCGUGCUGUGGCACAGAGUAGCAAAGAUGAGAGCUCGGCACCUCAAACAGUUUGUGGCAUCGUCGGCAAGACGACAUGUUCACACUAGCGGGAGGCUCGAAAGCGGAUUGGCAUGUCUACGCCACAAAGAUAGGUGGUUGGGGUAAUGCCAUACAUGAUGCAUUGUAAUCACAGGGAGACUUUAUGUCAAGACUGAUGA